AUGUCGAGCGAGGAGUGGGCUGAGGAUUUUUGGAGUCAGGGGGUGAAAAAGGGGAGUUGGAGGGAGUGGAAGAUGAGAGUUGAGAUUGAGGUGCAGGUGUUUUGGGUGCAGUAUGGGGAAAGGGCGAAGAAAGUCAUGAGUCGGACUGUUGUUACGGCUAUGAUCUGGGAGGCUCUUCUUAGACUUGGACUGUUUAGUCAGAUUGGCGAGACGGUCUUGAGUCUGAUUAUGGGAGCGGUUGUGGUGUUGAUUUCGGGGUCUGCAGCGUGGUUUUUGUCUGAGUUUGCCGUGGACGACGAUGACAAUAAACCCGAAGCCAACCUUUUAGACGAGGAGGACGAAAAGCACGACCUCAAACAUAGACAACAACGCCAGCAAAAACCAGGCAUUGAUGGAUCAACACCUGGACUAAGUGACAUCGACGAGGAAGAUGCCGACGACGAAGAUCAAUCCGGACCCGAUCCCGAGCCCGAAUCAUCAUCAUCAUCAUCAUCAUCAUCAUCAUCCGAAGAUGAAGAUGAAGAUGAACAUGAUCAAAAAAUUCACUACGAAGGAUCAGACUACGUCUACGAGUACGAAUCCGAUUACUCCGAAUAUCAACCGCGUCGCCGACGACGACGACCAUCACAGAGCCGUAAUCGAUCACGGAGUCGGAGCCGAUUACGCAGCCGGAAUCGAUUAAACAGUCGAUUAGCCAGUCGCUCACGGAGCCGAUUACGAUUACGGAGACGAGGACGAAGCCAGAACCAGACCCAAAACCAAAGUCGGAGUCGUCAAGAUCUGGACUUCGAGGUUGAAUAUCUUUCCAGUUUCUCACUUGGUUCAGGUGUAGGACAUUCGUAUGGAGGUGGUGAUGGCGACGUUGGUGGUGGUGGAAGUGGUAAUGGGCCGAGAUACGGACAGGAGGGUGGAGAGGGGUAUAUCUCUAGUUGGUCGGGGAGGGGGUCAGAUUAG